UAAACACUCAUGUCCACCAAAAAUAUUUGAUCUUUAUUCCUCUGUCUCAUCAGUCUCACACACCACAACCCAUAAUUUUCAAAAAUGUCGAUUCUCUCAACUCCACCAUCUUCAAUCUUCUUCCCCAAAACCCCAAUUCUCCACUACAAUCAUAACCCAUUAUCUUCUUUCUCUCUCCUUCCUUCAUCAUCCCCACUUCUUUCUCUCCCCUCCACGCGUCCUUCUUCCAGAACCUUCCUAUCCUCCCGCUCCUCCUCUUUCUCCUCCGAUGACGACGAUGAGUGGGGCCCAGACCCCAAGCCCAAGCCCAACCCUUCCGCCUCCGUGGACCCACCGGAAGAAAAUGUCUCCAUCACUGCUGCCGACGAAUGGGGGGAGAAAUCCGGGCCUGAGCCCGACGCUGAGUCUAUGUUCACCGAACCCGACCCUCCCAUUCGCGAGGAUGAGGAUGAGUGGGGCCCUCUUGCAAAUGACGGCGAGGAGAGAGAAACUAACGGUAGUGGUACUGGUACAACGGGGAGCAAGAAUUGGGAGCUGAAGAGGUGUUUGCUGGAUUCUGUUUAUGGGUCAGAACUCGGGUUCCGGGCUUCGGCGGAUGUGCGGGCUGAGGUGUCGGAGCUCGUUAGUCAGCUCGAGGCGGCGAACCCGUUUCCUAACCCGACUGAUGUUCCGGGCUUGCUUGAUGGAAAUUGGGUUUUGGUGUACACGGCCUUCUCUGAGUUAUUGCCUCUUCUUGCUAUUGGAAGUUUACCGUUGCUGAAGGUUCAACAAAUAUGUCAAGCCAUUAAUACGGCCAACCAAACUGUGGAGAACUCCACCACAUUGUCCAGUCCUUUUGCUACGUUCUCAUUUAGUGCAACAGCCAGUUUUGAUGUUAGGAGUCCUUCAAGGAUACAGGUUCAAUUUACAGAAGCCAGUUUUAAACCCCCAGAGAUCAAAUCUCAAUUUGACCUUCCACAAAGUGUGGAUGUGUUCGGACAAAACAUUACCCUUUCUCCUGUACAGCAGCUCCUGAAUCCCGUGCAGGAGGCAGCGGCAAGUAUUUCACGCUCAUUAUACGGCCUGCCACCUCUUAAGAUCCCGUUUCCAGGUGAACGCGGCGGUACAUCUUGGUUGCUAUUCACGUACGUUGAUGAAGAUUUUCGGAUUUCAAGAGGAGAUGGUGGCCUCUUUGUACUUGUCAGAGAAGGAAGUCCACUUCUUGACCAGUAGGGCAGAUCUGUAGAUGUGCCCAUUUUUGGUUCAACUGAAGAUAUAUCCUGUUGUGUAACUAUAAUACAUAAUGUAAAGAGCUUAUUUUCUUAUGUAAUUUUUUCCACUUGAAAAGGCAUAUUCCUUUGUUUAGCUUUAUCAUUAGAUAAAUAGUGAGAUUUCUCCUGCAACUAUACUGCUGAAAACUCAAUUACAUUGUUAUUUGCAUAAAUCUAAAUUGACAGAGAUCAUGCUUCUUCCGUUCUAUAA